AUGGGGGUCUUCGGCGCCUUCAGACGUCGCUGGCAGCGUCUUGCCGUUGCCUCUGUUGUGUUCUGUGUUAUCUCGUUCUCGAUUGUCUCCUCUAGGGGGGAUCGUGAGCAUGCUGUGCGACAGCCCGCCGAACUACAAAAGAGUCAUCCAUCAUUAUGGAAACAUAUACAAUCCUCUAAUAUUGAAGGCGGAGCAUUCUAUAUUCCACCGUCGUGGCUGUCACCGUCAGAUCCCAAGCCAGCCACCAUUAUAGAAGCGGCCCGCCUUGUAUCGCGACUAACGGCGAAUCGCUACAAGUCCCGCCACAUCAACAACACCGAAAUACCCUUAAUUGUGCAUCAAACGUGGAAAGACACUCACGUCGAUACGUGGCCAGAGUUGAUCCGUAAUAGUGUUGAAGAAUGGCUGAAGGAAGUGGUGGACACGCCCAUGGCCUAUUUUCUUUGGGAUGAUGAUGGGAUAAUGCAGUUUUUGGAAGCAUACGAGCCCAACUUCAUCGAGCAUUUCAGUGCGCUGCCUAGAAUGGUUGAGAAAUCGGAUAUAUUCCGCAUUAUGGUUACAAAAUAUAUUGGCGGCAUUUAUGGUGAUGUUGAUACUCGUCCACUGCGCUCGCCGGCCACCUGGAUCGGACCAGAAGACUUGGAACCUUGGUAUGAUAUGGAAACGGGGGCUUCUUAUACGCCCACCAAGCCCGUUCGCGCGAUUUUUGGCAUAGAAGCCGAUUGUCCUCCCGACAGUAAUAUGUAUUGGCGAAUGGGCUAUACGAAUCCAGUGCAAUUGACCCAAUGGGCGCUGGCGUCUGCGCCUGGCCAUCCCGCUUUGACCUGGUUCAUGCAGAAACUGUACAGCGCUUUGAAUGAAGUUGCCAACCAUCAUGCCGGAAAUCUGACAACGCCAGAGGCAUACCAAGAGCUGUAUUAUCUUGACCCACUCAUCUUAACGGGUCCUGACGCCAUCACCGUUGUGUUACGGAGCUGGCUUGAAGACCGCAUUGGACUUCGAUGGAAUGCUUUGACCGGUUUGUAUGACGGAGGCAAGAUCCCGGACGUGGAAGAUACGGCAACAUGGGAUCCAAACCAAUCUCCCAUCCUGACGCGCGAGUCCAACAUUCUGCCCAAGGUUCCUGGAGAGGAUUCAAUCUGCGCAUAG